AUGGGCCCCUGUACCGCCUCCUCAUGCUGCUGCCAGGCCCGUAAUCUGCCAUGGGCCCCCGUACCCUUGACUCCUCAUGCUGCUGCCAGGCCCGUAAUCUGUCAUGGGCCCCUGUACCGCCUCCUCAUGCUGCUGCCAGGUCCAGAGUGUGUCAUGGGUCCCUGUACGGCCUCCCAUUGCUGCUGUCUCUAUCGCCACACUCUUGCCAUGUGCCACUUUCAGGUCUUGCCUCACACUGCUGGUGGGUUCCAUUUUGUCAUAGGGUGCUGUUAUGGCUCCCAUUGCUGCUGCCUCACCGCCACACUGUGGCUCCACACUCUGGUUUUGGCCCGUGACUGCCCAAAUGAGUGAAGUGUGCGGUGAUUCUAAGAUCGACGGCACUCAUCUGCAUGUCAUACUGACUGACAGUAUUAGUUCUCUUCCCCAGCAGACUCCAAGGGCAUUUAAAUUAAAGGUACAGUGUUCUGCACUAAUAUAA